AUGGCGAUGACGUGCGAUGGUUGCGCUAACGCAGCACGACGAGUUCUUGGGAAGCUUGGAGACAAGGUAACCAUUGACAACAUUGAUGUCGGCACGAAGCAAGUGGUGGUCACCACCGACUUACCGGCCAGUGAGAUAUUAGAGACACUAAAGAAAACUGGCAAGGAAAUAAAGCAGUUAUAA